UCGAAUUGUGAUCAGUCUUCAUAGAGAUCCCAAAGCACUAGCAUUAAGAAUUUUUCAAGUCUGAUUAGCGGUUUUGCGAAAGAACGAACGGAAAAAGCAAAAUGAAGCUGUUACAAGUCUUCCUUAUCGCCCUUGUGUGCAAGCUCUCCUUAGCUGCCACCAACACCGAAUUGGAAGCUAAGAACUAUUUGGCCAAGACAAGUGAAAGAUACUUUAAUUUGUACAAUAAAAUCUCUGCGGAAAUCUUUGCUUUGGAUGACGACGAUGAUAUGGAGACUGCUUUAGGUAGAUUAUCGAAUAUUAAAAAAAUUGCCGCAGAAUUGGUUGAUUUUUCUAAUGAAGCCGCUGAAUUUGAUCAAAGUAAAAUUCAAGACCCUGAAAUUAAACGUGCUCUGAACAAUUUACGAGAAGUUGCCGAUCUUUUUGUUCUGGGCGAUGAUUAUUUCGAAUCGAUGGUAAUUGCUGUUGCUGCCCUGCAAACACUGGCCUCUGACAAGGAUAUUGAGCCUUAUAACGGCGGUGAGAAUAUGCCCAAUCAAGAUGACAGUCUCGUAGCCUUUUAUCCUGAUAUACAAAAAGUGUACGAGACCAGCAAUGAUCCUGAGGAGUUGAAAUAUUAUUGGAAUGCUUGGCUGGAGAAAAACACAGUUUGGGCUGCCACAAAUUUCUAUACAAUUAUAGAGGCUAUGAAAAAAUCGGCCACAAUCUUAGAUCGCCCUGUUUUGAAUAUGUAUUACUCAAACUUUGACAUCGAGGAGUUCCUGAAGGAAAUGGACAAGGUGAUGGAAGAACUCAAGCCCACCUAUAAGCAACUGCACGCCUUUAUACGACACGAAUUGCACAAAAAGUAUGGCAGCGAGGUUAUCGAUGCCGAGGGUCCCAUUCCCCAUCAUUUGUUCCAACAAGUGUUGGCCCAGGCCUGGAAGGAGGGUAGUGUCAUUGAAAACUAUUUCCCCUUUAAGGAAUUGCCUCCCUACGAUGGCUUUGUAAAGGACUUCAGCAGCAAGAAAUUGCUUAACGACGCCCAGGACUUUUACAAGUCAUUGGGCUUCUCCGAUCUAGAUGAGGACUUCCUUAAGAAUCGCCUGACGGCACAGGAUGAGUCGAACAGCAUACAUGGUUGCCGAGCAGUUAUUUUUGAUUUAACACCCAAGGUCUACAUGCAUUAUUGUCAAAAGGUCGACUUUAAGAAAUUCAUGCAAAUGCAUGGCUAUGUUGGUCGCAUUCAAUAUGCCCAGGAGAAGAAGGACUUACCUGCCUAUUUCUUUGAAUCCUACGACCUGGAGUACCCUGUGGGUGAAGCAGUGAUAUUGUCAGCCAGCACCCCCAAACACUUGCAAGCCAUUGGCUUGGCCAAGAAUUUCGAAUUCAGCGAAAAGACCCUUAUGAAUCGUCUCUUCCGCAUGGGCAUUCAUACCAUUUUGAAUAUUCCCCAAUACUAUGUGCACAGCAAAAUUGUGAAAGAGCUUUUGAACGAUACGGUGGAUAUGGAGACUGUGAACAAACGCUACUGGAAGUUAAUGGAAGACUAUGCGGGAGUGGAGCCACCUUCGGAUCGUGAUGAGGGUUGUAUUGAUUUCCCCUACAAAUUCUAUUUGGAUGUAGAGCAAAAUCAUCAAACCCAAAAAUUCGUAUCUGAGGUUGUGGGUUAUCAGUUCUACAAAGCCUUAUGCCAAAAAGCCGGCGAACAGGGUCAAUUGUAUAAUUGCGAUUUCUAUGGCAACAAAGAUGUGGGCAAUGCCAUGAAGUCCAUGAUGGCUCUGGGUUCCACCAAGCCAUGGAAGGAAGUUGUAUCGAAAAUUUUAACAGACAACGCAUCGCUAAGUGCUGAUCCUCUGGUGGAAUACUACACUCCCAUUAUUGAUUGGAUAAAGACCUUGAAUGAACAGAACAAGGUUAAGAUUGGCUGGAAGGAAAGCCAAUAUAAGGUACUCUGAGCAGCAUAGUUUUCAAUUUCAAUGUGGGAAGAGGUGGAUCACAUAUACAAUUAUUUGAAUACAAAAAGAAGAAACCAAUGAAAAGAAUAAUUAGAUUUAAUUUUUCAAAAAUAACAAAAAAUAUUUAAAUGAUUGGA